UCUCCGACCACCGCUCCCCAUCGCUCCAUUGCCCUCAAUUGACUUCCCCGAUCCAUUCCGGUGUCUCGUCGACCUCACCAUGCCGUCAAAACGCACCCCCACGACCCCAACCACGCCCACCUCCCUCUCCUCCGGCCCCAAGACCCUCACCACCAACUCCUCCGUCAUCGACAUCGCCCAGCACGUCUGGCAACAGUAUGUCGCGACGACGCCGCAGCGCACCCUCCUUCUCGAUGCCUUCAUGGCCUUCCUCGUUCUGAUCGGUGUCAUUCAAUUCGUGUACUGUGUUCUGGCCGGAAACUACCCCUUCAACGCUUUCCUGAGUGGCUUCUGCGCCGCUGUCGGCCAAUUCGUCCUCACGGCUAGCUUGCGCAUGCAGACGAGUUCCGACGACACGAGCAAGAGCACAACGGCAGCUAAGGGCAAGAAUGCGAAGAAUGUGGACGGCGCUUCGGAAGGGGGUAUUUCUCAUGAACGGGCCUUUGCGGAUUAUAUCUUCGGGAGCUUGAUUCUGCACUUUUUCUGUAUCAAUUUCAUUAACUAAGCGGGUGGGAAAUGUGGCUUUGUGUGUUGUGAUGUGUGUUGGAAGACCGGGUGAUGCGAUGCGAUGCGGAUUGGCAUAUGUUCCUGCCGGAUCUAUGCCCUUCCUCCGGUCUGGUUUGGUCUAGAUCUUGUCUGUAUGUCUGACGUUCGUCUUGAGGACGGCUGAAGUUGAAUAUUAGCAUUGUUUUAUCAUUAGUCUACUAGACUUC